AACAAAGAACUUAGUGUAACAGUGUAGUUUUAAAAUGGCGCCAGACGCGGCAUUCUCAAACAUUUCAGACAAAAAUGAAUUUACCAAAUUUGCAAAGUUCCUAGCUUACAAAGGUGUACAAGUUAUUGUAGAAUCAAGGAAAGGUGUGAAAAUUGAAACAAGCACUAAACUACAGUCUUCAGACUCUGAUUGGUUCAAUCUACAAAUACCGGACUCCCCGGAAGUCAACCAGGCUACAAAAAAUGCUUUGCCAUCUGACAGAAUACUAGAAACUAUAAGAUCGAAACUACACGUUGAAAUUUCGGUACAAACUGAAGAUGGAGAUGAAAUGGUACUCGAAUUAUGGACUUUAGAACUUGACGAAACACAAUUUGAUACUUCUUUGAAGGCUAUGAAUACUGUAUAUUUCAGAAUGGGCAUUUUACUAAAGUCUUUAAUAACUAUAACAAGAAUAACACCAGCAUAUCAUUUGUCUAGAAAGCAAAGAACUGAGUCAUUUACAAUUUUCUACAGGGUAUACAGUGGUGAACCUAAAGUUAAGGCUUUAGGGGAAUCUGUAAAGAAAAUACAAGCCGGAAUGUUGAAGACUCCUUUGGGAGGCCUAUGCUUUACAGUUUCGUAUCGAACCAACUUCUCAAUAUCACCAAAUAGAUCGGAUAAGAGUAAAACUUUGCUUUUAAAAAGUGACCACUUUGAAUUGAGCCCGAAGCACAUAAUUUUUGAAUCCAAGAAAAAGAAGGAAAACAAAGAAAAGGAACCAAAGCAAGUAAAGCCUGUAGAUCUCAAUAGACCGUUGCGUUUAGCAGCGUUUGUCGACGAAAAUAUAAUAAGACAAGCAAUUGAAGACUUUUUUAAAAAGAUGCCUGUGCCAAAAUGCCGAGCACGUUCCAAACCAAAUAGUCCAGAAAAGGUUUGCGAGUGUAAUAGUACACAAGACUUAGAUGCGAAUGUUGUAUCUCGCAGCCCAACAUCUUUAGAGAUGCCUCCAAAGAAGUUCACAGGGUUUCGCAACGAAAAUGAGCCGCCACUGAAGUUGCUCCAUUUUCCAUUUGCUGAUAAUCACCCCAUAAGAGAACUUGCGGAGUUUUACAAGGAUUUCUUUAAUGCCCCUUAUUUAAAACUCACGGAUAGCUUGAAACAUUCUCAGUCAAAAAGUACCGAGUCCUUGAAAGAGGACGACGAGAUGGCCAACGACGAUUUGUCAAAAGAUUUAGAGCUGUAUGAAAGCUCGGUUAAGGAAUUCGAUGAACUGCUAGAAGACAUGUGUAGGUCGGCGGAAUGGAGUGGCAAUUAAGGGAACAAGGGUUUAGGGCUGUUCAUAACUAACGCCACACUUUCUAGAGGAAUUCAUGACAAAAUGUCUGUAAACCCUUUUUACUAUCUUGCGGAAUUUGCACGAACUAAUUACUUCGAUUGUCGCCACGUGUAUUGCUGUCAAAAAUCAUGCGCCAUCUUGGUAUAUGACAAUCAUGAAAAACGAGUAAUCCAAUUACAGAGUUUGGCGUCGUUUAUGGAUUGUCCCUAUGUGUAGAGUACGUAAUAAAAAAAUGGUUAAAGUAGAUGUUAAAGACGUUAAAGAUGUUUUGUGGAAGCUUGCAUUAUUCGCUUGGAAGCUAGGAUUAUUCGGUUUUGAUGUGCAUACCUUGUCUGUGUUCCAUUAUUCAAGUCCUACUAUCGUAAAAUUCUUUAUUUCAAGGCCCUUUUGCGUUGAAGAUCUGCGUGUAUAUCGGGCUAGGCAGCUUAUGAAGAGAACGCAACAAGUUAUAAAGGCUAGCACAAAGUGGACAGGAAGGCAGAAGAUAUUAAAUGUAUAAAUUUUAUGUUGUAACAAUUUAUAUCAGGUAUAAAUUUUUUAAAACUCUGCGCUCGACUUCGGAGAAUCGCAGCUAGUGUUGUAAAAAACUCGAGUUUAGGAGUUUACAUUUUAGGACUCGACUCCAAUUCACAAGACUAGACUCAUAAAGACAGAGACUCCACUGCUCGAUAUAAUAGUUUCCAAACAGACUCGAGUUC